UGUAGCAGUGUGUCUGUCAGCAUCGCAGGAAUACCUGCUUCUUUUUAAAUUUGACUCUGAAAACAUCAUGUGCGGUGUGGAACAGGCUGAAACCUUCCUUCCUAAUCGUCACCUAAUAAUACUGUGAUUCUCUUUGGGGAGAAAAGAACAAGCUUCUGCAGUACUGACUUCUAUAGAUUAGGGUCCUGUAUCGUUUUUCCCCAUGCAGCGACAAAAUAAUGCAUCACCAAAAACUGAAUGACUCUUAGUGGCACACGAGGGACCACUGCAUUCAUAAUGUGACAGUCAGGGAGCAGCAUUGUUUGUUAAUGACUUAUCACAACGAAGGAGCAGGCUCUUCUGGGCAGUUACAGACCUCCUCCCAUCUGGACCCUGGACCCAUCCCAUUCUGGAUGUAUCGAGGCACGAAUCUCUGUUUUAAUCAAGCUGGCUGAGGUGAUCUUGCCCGAAUGAAUUGCAAACAUCCCCUGCAUCUUGCUGAUGGAAGGAAUCUUGCUGGAGGGGAAUCGUUAAGAGCCCUACUAACCAACAGAGUACAGUUGUUGGGAGAUGCUGUGAUUAACAUGCCGUGAACCUUCCACAGUCCCAGCUGCAACAUGUCUACAACAAAAGCAGGUGAUGCAGAUGAGGUUUUUGAUUUUAAUGAGGUGAUACCAGAGACUGAAAGGCUUGAUAGUAGCUUGCAGAAAGCUCGAGCCCAACUGUCUGUUAAAGCAAGACGACAGCGACCUUCUAGAUCUCGGCUAAGAGACAGCAUAAGCUCCACGGAAGGUGAUGACAGCCUGGAAAGAAAGGUCUCAGAUAGCUACGGAAGCCCACUGCACAAUAUGAGAUCUCCCUUACAUUCCUCUCUCCGAGGCUCCUCUCCGUCCUCAGAAUCCGUCAUCUCUUCAGCAUCUCCCUCCCAGCGGGCUGCCUCCUUCUCUUUUGAUGUCAACAUUGUGAGGAGGACAUUUGAAGAAGAAGAGCAAGCAUCAAUGGCGAUGGCACGUUACCAGACUCUGGCUAAUGCUUCCUCCCAGGAAGCUCUGGGCCUAACGCCUACAAGUUCCCCUUCCAAAUCCUGCCACAGCUCUGACACCUCUCCAGUUCACACGAGGAGGGAGAGGAAAACAGAAAAGCAUAGUGAAGGUUCAGAAGGGAGCAAGGAAACAAGUCCAGCAGAACCAGCAAGUCCCAUAGCUGGGCUGGACAGAAAGGCAAGACGGAAAUUUUUGGACCUUGGGGUACAGCUACGAAGAUCCUCAUCCACUAAAGGAAGAAAAGCAGAGAAGGCAGCCAACAGACUGUCUACUGGCAGCAGGGAGUCUUUUGAUAGCCCAAUCAGUAUUCUGGCUUCUGCCAAGGCUGCAGUGCCACAGUUUGUGCCUUUCUCAUGGUUCACAGACAGCAGCAAAGGGUCAACCUCCUCCAGUGGUACAAUGUCACCAACCUGCUCUCCAAGAAUGUCCUCCCAUGGACUUUCCCCGAAAAAGUCUGCUUCCCAGGAGUCAACACUGAGUGAAGACACCAGCCCUCGAAGUGGAAGCCCCAGAAUUCUAGGUAGCUCAACUGCCGUCUCACGAGCUGCAACCACCCAUACAUUGUCUCUGUCCUCUGAAGAACUCCUUGAUGAAGGACAGCCAUACUGCCUUGUUUCAACUUGGACCACACAGCAAGUCUGCCAUUGGCUACUUGGGUUGAACAUGGAACACUACGUAUCAGAAUUCACUGCUGGUAACAUUGAUGGUGAACAAUUGUUGCACUUGGAUGGAGGCAAACUGAAGGCUUUGGGGAUCAUCAAUUCACAGGAUCGUGCUACUAUCAAAAAGAAAAUUAAAGAUAUGAACACAGCUGUUGAAAAAGAAAGAAAAGCCCUGGAAAAGCUAGAAAAACAGAAGGAGAAACAAAAGAAAAAGGAACAGGAACAAUUGCAGAAAAAGACUUAAGAAAGGUGGAAUGACGAGUGAAAAUGCAUCGAACAUUUGUCUCCUGUUCUUCAGAGAUUAAAAUGUAAGCAGCAGGAAGAAAUGCAAGGAAUGGAGGGAUUUAACUGGACAUUGCAUGACAGGUCUGUUUGUGGGAUUUGUGAAGUUCUUCAGCUUCACACAUGGCCAGUUCAGGUCUGUAAUGGCAACUUCUGGUCUUAAAAACAAGUAAUAUUUCACAAUGCAGGUAGAUGUAUCUUUAGGUCUCAGUGGCUUACUGUGAAAACCGUUCUGCAUUUACUAAUCAACAAAUUCAUCCUGAAUCAGAUGUAGUGGAAGAAUAUUACAUCAAGAUAAUCCAUUAAAAAAUUGGAUGGUAACCAUUUAAGAAUAAAAUCUUCCUGAUUAUUUUUACAUCAUUAGUAAAAGUAAUACUGAAUGCAUCUGUGGGCUUACUUGGUGAAAGAAUGUGUAAGUAUCUUUGAAAUAAACUAUGUUUUGUUUAUCUUAGAACUGUUGAAAAUUAUCUUCUAAUAAUUAAAUCAGAAGGAUAAGGGUGAAUUUGGGAUUGAUCAUGCCUGCAUUUGAAAUAUUACAGGCGCUUAUGCACAGUUUUCUCAAACCUAUUUUUUUCCACAAUCUAGGUUAUGAAGAGUUCAGGGUCCUGAAGUGAGUUUGCAAGCAAUUGUGCUGUGAUGGCAGAAGAACAUUGCAUAAAUGUAUGGAUGGAAUGCUGUAAAUGUGAAAUGUGAAUUGGGAUUGAAGUAAAGAGACUAGGUAAUGGGAUGCACUUGAUAACUUGCCAUGUGUGAGUAAUGUCUUCUUGUAAUAAAAUGUCAGAGAGUGCAUGAGAGAUUAAAGUGGUAACAAUACCAGGGAAGACCCUAUUAUCUUCUCAGUCUGAGCAUGUAGUUGCACACUAUAUUCAGGACUUGUAAACGAGCUUGUUGAUUGAAGAUUGAAAUUUAUCCAAAGAUCUAGGAGUGAUGAACAUUGUUCACACUGAUGUAAUAAUAGCACCGGUUAUGUGACCUUAAAAAGAACCAUUUUCUAGCUUACAUUUUAAAAAGUAAAAACCCAUUGCAGGUGGAAGAAGUAUUGCUGGGGUGGAUAUGUUUUGCAUGUUGCAAAUGUAGUCACUAACACUAACAUUUGGUUGGUCUUGCCAAGUAUCACAGUUCUGAUUUAAAGUGAAUUAUUGAACAUCCUGAAAUACUAACUUGCAAAUGACAAUUGCAGAAUAUUUUGGAAGUGGCUUUAAUUUUUGUUUCAGGGAUUUAGAAGAAAGAUGGAAUGGUUUAUUUUUAAUGAAGACUCUCCGCUUUUGUAAAUUAUACAAUGCAAGUUAAUAAGGCCUGUCUACCAUUUGUUUGCUCUUCCAUGUGGCCACCGUCCCCCAUCCUUGCUAUGCAUUUUUGGAAAUAUGAUAUCAUUAUAGCUUAUCUGCACAGAACUACAAAUAACAUAAAUGCAGAUUUUAUUUAAAGUUUCCCAAUUCUGUGGAAUCAUAUUAACACAGCUGCGAAAAAGCACAAAUGAUUCAAAAUAAUCCAACUGCCCUCUCCUCCCACAACCAAGAUAGGAAUGUACCACGGAAAGAAAAUGCAAUCACAUUAGUCACCUUCACACCAAUGUCACAAGCUAGAGUUUGCCAAAAAGCAAAGAAUAGAUCAAAGCACUUAGGAAGGGUGUUUGUUGGAAUGAAUUGUUUGAAAUUUUCGCUUCUUUACCACAGGUAAAGAUUAACUUAAGCUUUAGAUUGGUUAUCAAAUCUAAUCAUCUUAGAACAGAAAUAUUCAGUUUAUUAAAGACACUUUAGGGUACUUGGUUAAUAACGCAUUCAAGGAAUUAUCCUGUGACUUGGAGUUAUUUUAAUAUCACAUUGUUUGGCAGUUGACACAAAUUAUUGGACUCUCAGAUUGGGAAAGCCAGUUAUGUGCAUAAAUUCUGAUAAAUAAACUACAAAGGAUCUGUAAAUUAUGGAUGAUCUCCGUGGCUGGUGAAAGUAUUUAUUAUGCUGAGUAAGGAUAAGCACCUUAUAAUGUGAGGACUUGACACUCAAAAUAGUUCACUGCACAUUAUUUGGCUCAUUACAUUGUUACUAUUGCUUUAUAUCCCCAUUAUUGUUUAGAACUAUCACAAAUGGAGCUACUACUGUUACAACCCAGACAAUAACAGCUACUGAUUCUAAUGUUCAUUUUAACAGGAAUGAUUUACACAUCUUCAAAAACUCUGUUUCAAAGUGUUACCACACCUGUUAAACAAGGUGUGGUAUGUCUGGCAAAAUGAUGUCCUUGUGUGUUUUAUUCCUGAUGCACACAUACUAGAUAAGUAGUCCUCAGGUCCCUACACAGAAACGAAAUCACUUGCUUCAGCCUAGAUCUACAACCUGUUAAUAAUCAUUAAUGCUGAGCUAACAUAGAAAGUAAUGGCAAGGUUGGUGACCUCACUUCAUGCAGGGUAUUGGCUCAGAUAAUAAGUAAAAAUAUUAAUCAAUAUAACAGAAACAUCAUUCCUGAAAAGAUUCAUUAACAUAGGGGUUCAGGAUGUUAUCUGCCUGUGAUAAAUGGAGUCAGAAUACUAACAUGUAGCUAUGGCCAUUACUGAGUUUAAUAAUUUGGGCCUGUUUUAGCUGGUGUCGAUUUUA